AUGGAGGUCAAGACCGAAAAGCAAGAGGCCUCCAGUGCCAGCAUGAUCGAAGCCGUGGACGACAACGAGAAUGACCUACGAAUAGGUGAACGACUCGUCGAGAAGGAUCGCGAUAGUACCCUGUGGUCUUCGUCCGUUUCGCACAAACGGAUUCUGCUUCACUCCAUUGCUGCACUCCUAGCUGGCGGCGUCUUCGGAUACGACAGUGUCAUCAACGGCGCAUCUAUCUCCAUGCCUGCCUUUUUGCUAUAUUUUGGCGAUCACACUACCACGGGAUCCCUCUUCGUCCCUUCGAUAUGGGCAUCGAUGUGGACCGCGAUGUCAUACUUGCUACAAGCUUUCGGCGGAUUUGGUAUCGGUCUCGUAUCUGAUCGGAUUGGACGCAGAUGGGCCUGCGUAGCUGCCGCCUGUAUAUCGAUUGUCGGAGUUGGCGUACAAUUUGCUGCUAUGAGCCGAGGUAUGCUACUUGGUGGAAAGAUGAUCAAUGGCUUGGCCAUUGGCUGCAUCUUCGCAUCGGCUACAGCUUGGGCAUCUGAAAUCUCACCUUUACGUCUCCGUGGUCCAAUUCAGUCCGGUAUCGUGCUAUUCAUGGUCCUAAUGCAAGCGAUUGGUCUUGUCACGAUUCGCAUCUAUGUCGAAGACAUGUCUACAUCAGCCUUCCGCAAAGUCUUUGCAUUGCAGUGGAUCUGGCCUGUUGCUGCUGGUGUAGCCUUCAUCAUCAUGCCUGAGUCACCGAUCUUUCUCUUACGCAAGAAGAAGGUUGAUGCCGCGAAGAGAUCAUUGGCUCGCCUCUAUGGGAUCGACAAUCAUAUCGCGGCUCGUCUUGCAGUUUUACGCAAGCAGAUGGAGCAAGAACACUCGCAGAACGAAGCACAUGGUGAUGCAAGCUACCUGGAACUCUUUCAGGGCACGAAUUUGAAGCGUACGCUUACCGUCAUCUGGUUGUUCCUUGCUGCAGGACUGAACGGCGCGUCGUUGCUCUCCCAAAAUACGUACUUCCUCAUCAUCGCAGGACUUCCUGCCGUUCACGCUUUCGAUGUUGGAAUUGGCGGAUUUGGCUUGGCCGUAAUUGCUAUAGUUUUCAGCUGGUUCUUCAUGGAGAGAUUUGGUCGCCGUUGCAUUUGGCUCGUGGGUGUUGCUGUCAACAUCGUAGUCAUGGCAAUUAUUGGAGGCCUUCAUUACUCCACAUCUCAAGGUAGUCUUUGGGCUAUUGCUAUUCUGAUGAAUGUCCUUCUCGCAUGGCAGCUCCUUACCAUGACGUCUAUUGGAUGGGUGAUCACGGCCGAAGUCUCAUCGUACCGGCUGCGGGCAAAGACGCAAUCGGUCGGCGUCAUUUCGAACGCAGCGACGACAUGGUUAUCUACGUUCACUGUACCUUAUGUGUACAACACCGAUUCCGGUAACCUGGGUGCCCGCACUGGAUUUGUGUUCAUGGGAAGUUCAAUGCUUCUGCUGAUUGGCUCCUGGUUCCUUGUGCCGGAUCUGCAUGGUUUGAAUACAAACGAGGUCGACUGGCUGUAUGCACAGAAGACUUCGGUAAGACAUUUCCAGCAGCAUGCCGAUAGCGCAAAGACCAGCGCACCGGAGAAAGUACACAACACCGACGUAUGA